AUGGUAGUGCUAGAGAAGGGAGGCGAAGGCCCAGGAGCUGCAGAGCUCGUGAGCGCCAGCGGCAGAGAGGCGUUUCUCCGUCCGGCUGAGCUUGAUCUCAUUGGCAUGGUCGGUGUGGAGGCGCCUCUGCCUGCCGUGCGGGCCGGCGUGUCACUGUUGGCGCAGGCCGAGCAGGAGCCGACGCAGCUGUUCCGGUGCCACUACUGCCGGCGCCAGUUCUACAGCUCGCAGGCGCUCGGUGGGCACCAGAACGCGCACAAGCGUGAGCGCACGCUCGCAAGGCGCCACGCCGGCGUGCUGCUGGCACUGGAAUGGGACGAGCGCGCGUUCGCCAUUCACGGCGAGGCGGCACCGAACGACCUUCGGAGGUUGUUGCGUGCAUCGAACGUCUGCAGGACGACGGCGGCGGUGGCCGGCAAGGACGAAGGGGAGCGGCGCUGGAUUGGUGGCCGAAGUGUUGCGCACUAUGGUGAUGGAGAUAAAGAGCUGCCAAAGCUUGACUUGACGCUGAAGCUGUAA